CGGAUCCCCUUACCCCUUAGACGGCAUACAUGGAUUUUAUUGGUCUUCAGGCCUCCGAAACCAACCUCUCACCGCAAACUGUUUAUCAGCCAAGUCAGCCCAAUCAACAUUUGCAGGGAGAAGACCGUCUAAAAUGAGGACGAAUAAGCAAAUAAUAUAUACGCUUCAUAGCUAGAUGCCUUACCAUUCUUCAGCAACAAUAUAUUCCUUAUCAUUAUGCCGUCCGAUCUCACAUCAUGGCUCCCCGGAAGCAAGACGAAGAGAAAGGUCCUCCGUGAAACUCUCACCAGGACUAUCGGAGCGGCGGCAGGGGCAGCAGCCAAAGCCAACCCGGUUGUAAAGACAAUACAAGCUGGGUACAACAUUAUACAAUUAGGCAAUACUAUCAGGAAAGCAGAUGAGACGGCCAGUCACUUAAACGAAUUCGUCCCCAAGGCCACAGAAUUAGUCGGAACGGCGCAUCAGUUCGUUCCGUCGAUCCAAGUAAUGGGUCGGUCGCUUUGUGAUAGUCUGAAGCUUUUCAGCUAUUUCAGUGCCAUCGCAACUACGGUUGGUAUCGGGUCUAAUCUGAUCUUGACUUAUCAGGGAGUCCAGGCGCUUAACCUCAUCGCCACCAGACUUAAGGACAUUUCGGAUACCCUUGCGGCGCAAACUGCCCUCAUGGCCCAAAAGGAGUUUCCCGAAUUGGUUUAUUAUAUGAUUCGCGAGCGGUUGGCUCAGACUUCUCAAGAUCCCGAGGUCGAGCACUGGUUCUAUGUCUUUCACCCAGACACCGAUUGGUACCCUAAGUUCUUCCAUCUUAUCGAGACCAAUCCGCUGGAUCCCCGAUUCUGCGGGUACACGAACCAGAUUGACACCGUCUUCGUCUUUAUGCUUGCUACGCGAAGGUAUAUAGAUAAGAAGAAUGCGCGCUCCCAAAAGCACGGGAAACCUCCCCGUCCGGUGCGCCUGCAUCUUCUCGUCCCUGCCUAUCAACCUAUACUUAUUGCUGAGGCUCUCGAGAUCCCGAAUGACAUUGGAGACUUUGUCAUAGAAGGGCGCAUUCAUAAUACUAGGGAGCUCGUCUGGUUUAACUUACCCGACGAGCAGAAGCAUUACACUAUGGAUAUCGGGCAAUGGAUACCGCCCGAGAGGGGGUGGUGGUCCUGGGCUAUGACGAAAUUCGGGCUUAAGGAAACGCCGCCUGAGUUGAAAGAGCGCAGGGUCUUAGGAACGCGGCAGAAGGGGCCGGAAGAUAAGGACGAGGAUGUUAAGGGUAUUAAGGAAAAUGGAGAGGAUCGUGAAAACGAGUCGGAUAGCGCGUCGUCUAAGCGCCAGGGAAACGACGAGAAAGCUCGGGAGCAGGGAAAACCACUCCACCACCGCCAACGACCGCAAGAAAGACGUCGUCGUUAGGCUGUUAUGAAUAUUAUGAAAGAAAUUGUUACAAAUAUUUUAAUUUAUUUUUAUUUUUUUAAG